CCCCAUUUGAACAGGUGACACGGUUUCGGCACGAAAACGCCGUUCUCGUCGCGCUUUGCGCACCCAUUUAUUGUCACUCUUCUUCCUCUUUUCUCGUUCUUUCAUUGCCUACAUUUUCUCUCUCUACUCCUCUCUGCAUCAUCGACUGCUCUCAUCGAGUUUCAGGGUUUUAAAUGAUUCUCACAGGUGUGAGACCCCCAAUUCCAUCUCUUUUAAGUAGUAAUGGCCAUGGCAAUAAGCUUGCCGUAAUUCUCUUACGAACAUGCCUGAGAAGGAUUCCAGUUACGCGAAUCAACUCUCUCAGGUCAUUGAGUGUCUUUCCUACAAUGGAAGAUUUACCGGCGACCAAACUGACAUACUAUGAUGACAUGUGGAAGCUUCUUUCCGCUGCAAGUUUUAUCACGCACCUAAAGGAGGAAGCUAGAGAGGCUGUUAUUUUGGAUUCCACCAUUUUCCACCCACAGGGAGGUGGACAGCCAGCAGACCAUGGUGUUAUCGCAAAUUCAGAGGGGGACAUCAAGUUCAUUGUGGACGAUGUGAGAUUGAAGAAUGGAGUGGUUUUUCAUUAUGGAUCUUUCAAUCUUUUAUAUGAAAGAGAAGUGGCGUUUGAAAGAGGCCAACAAGUUCACCUGAGUGUUGAUGAAAAACGGCGUAAACUCAAUGCAAGGCUACAUUCAGCUGGACAUGUGAUGGAUGCUUGUAUGCGCCUUGUUGGAUUGGGGCACUUAGAGCCAGCAAAAGGUUAUCAUUUCCCUGAUGGUGCAUUUGUCGAGUAUAAAGGUACAGUCACUCUCAAUGAACUGCAAAGUAAGCAAAAGGAUUUGGAAAAAGAAGCAAAUGUAAUGAUCUCUAAUGGUGGGAAGGUGACUGCUAGCAUUCUUCCAUAUAAAGAAGCUUUGGAACUUUGCGGUGGAUCUCUUCCCGAUUACAUUCCCAAGGAUAGUAGUCCUCGGAUAGUACAACUAGGGAAUAAUCUUGGAUGCCCUUGUGGUGGAACUCAUGUAGCUGAUAUGUCAGAAAUCGGGAGCAUGAAGAUAAGCCAGAUUCGGAUGAAGAAGGGAAUAGCCAAAAUUUCCUAUAGUAUUGAGUUGUAGGAAUUGAGUGGCCGUGAUUUUUCUGUAAUUACAUUGUUAAUUAUAAUAUGUUAAAAUGUAUGGGCUCUUAAUGGUUUUAUGUGGGAUGAGAAUUAGUGAGAUUUGAAUCCUGCAUGUCAGGCCGUACAUAGUGAUCACUAAUGAUCAGCAAAAAUAUCACGAUAUGUGGGAGUUGAACCUUGAGAUUCAGCCUUAACAGUGAUUGAUUAUUAUCAGAGUACAUCAGAGUUUUAGACUUGAA